AUGGAAGUGCAGGUGGACGCAAUGCUUAUUAAUCAGGGUACUAAGAAGCGCAAGGGUCUAUUUAGCGUUUCAUCGCCUAGAGCUUCGCGUGUGCCAACUUGCGGAUCGUUUCGCACACCUGUGACCACUGCGCAAGCCCCGUCCAAUGCACCUGGUACUGUUUCGUCUUCAGAAGGCGUAAACCUGUCGCUUGCACUGACGGCACUGAAGGUAUCGUUGAAGCGCGAUUUGGAGAGCUUUGCGCCUCCUACACCUGCUGUAUCGCCGGCUCAUGGUCGUGGCACAAAUAAGCGCGCUCGCUUUGACUAUGCGUCUUUUGAUGAUGACGCGGAUGUCGCCGUUGCCAAACCUCUUACAACAUCUCCACUAAAAACAUCCAACGCGCUGCUUGCUGUCAGUAGCUGUAUCAAGUCGGAGCUGGAGAACUGUCGCCGUGCCAUUGAACGUGCUCGGAAGCCUUGCCGAAGAAAACAGCUGAACUAUUAUGCAAUCAUUGGUGCUUUUCAUCGCGCGGCACAUGAGCGCAAAGUCGCGGUGCAAGUCGAUUGUAUUGUUGAAGCGUCAACAGAUUGA